AUGCAGAUUGCUUCUACAAACAUUUGUGAAAGACUGUGCAAUAAGUCCAUCCGUGACAUUUCCUGGCUACUAAAUAUUCCACCGUCAACUGUUAGUGGUAUUAUAACAAAGUGGAAGCAACUGGCAACAACAGCAACUCAACCACCAAGUGGUAGGCCACGUAACAUGACAGACCGGGGUCGCGCAUGCUGAAGCGCACAGUGCGCAGAAGUCGCCAACUGUCUGCACAAUCAAUAGCUAAAGACCUCCAAACUUAGUGUAGCCUUCAGAUUAGCAACAACAACAGUGCAUAGAGAGCUUCAUGGAAUGGGUUUCCAUGGCCAAACAGCUGCAUCCAAGCCUUACAUCACCAAGUGCAAUGCACAGCGUCGUAUGCCGUGGUGAAAAGCACGCCGCCACUGGACUCUAG